AUGAGUUCACUGUAUCUAUUCACAAAAAACUGGAACCGCUUCAGUUUUUUUCACAACAAAAGUUCCCUUCUAAAACAAGUAUCUUGUUUUGUACCACUACUAGAACACAGAAUAUAUCUUUACUCUAACAAUCAGAAUAAUGCAGAUGAAAAGGUAUCAAGUGGUAAAAUUAUAUCUAAAGAUUUAAAAAGUAUUUAUGACCAUAAUAAGAACAAGUUAAGGAACACUGAACAAAGAUUGAGAGACAGAGGAACUUUUAUCAUACAAGAUAUAAAAGAAACUAGGGAUAAGGUUAAAGAAAAAGUGGAAGAAGUGAUAGAGAGAGAAAAUGUAUAUACAAUUCCCAAUUUACUUUGUAUCACAAGAAUAUUGUUGUCUCCAUAUCUUGGUGUGCUGAUAGUCCAAUCAGAGUUUGAUUAUGCUCUGGCCAUUUUAGUAAUUGCAGGUGCAACAGAUGUAUUUGAUGGAUGGAUAGCCAGAACAUGGAGAAGUCAAUCUUCCAAAAUGGGAAGUUUUCUUGAUCCAAUUGCUGACAAAGUCUUGAUUGCUACACUAUUCUUGACAUUAACAUAUGUAGAUCUAAUACCAAUGGUUCUCACUGGUUUGAUCAUUGCUAGAGAUGUCUUGCUAGUUACAGCUGGAUUCAUAAUAAGAUAUCUUUCUCUUCCACCUCCGCGUACUCUAAGUAGAUACUUUGAUGUUACUCAUGCAACUGCUCAGUUAGCCCCCACUCUAAUUAGUAAGAUCAACACUGCAGUUCAGUUAUUACUUGUGGGUUCCACAUUGGCAGCACCAGUUUUCCACUAUGUUGGCCAUCCAGCUUUAGAAUGUUUAUGGUAUGUUACUGGAGUUUCAACAGUAGCAGCUGGACUGAGUUACAUGUUAUCCAAAAAUACAUAUAGGAUAUUCAAAAAACAUAAACCCAAUUAA